AUGGACCGCCGAGAGAUCCUCUCCAAAGGCUCCGCACUCCAGAAAGCCAUCGCUGCGAAGGAGCCUUCUGGAAACAUUUUGACCAUCCUGCGCGACUUGAAGGCAAACGUCCGGCCCAGUGAAGAACUCCUGCGCGCCACGGGAAUUGGCAAGAUCGUCAAUAAAGUAAAGGGAGUCCCCAAUGUGGACCCUCAAGUCAGCCAACUCGCUGCGGAGAUAAUAUCUCGCUGGCGACACGUGGUCAACGAGCAAAAGCUGGCAAGCGGCACAUCUACACCCACCGCGAACGGCGCCAGAUCAAACGGCACGAGUUCGCCGGUACCCCAGAAAGCCGCCACACCCACUCCGAAGGUGUCGAGUCCCGGGGUUGCACCUGAUAAGCGCAACUGGAAAACAGACAAAGUCCCCCGGGACGAACUGACAUCUGACACGGCGCGGAACAAUUGUAUUGGCCUCAUCUACGAUGGUCUGUGCCUGGGCUCCGAAAUCCCCAUGAAACAGAUCCUUGAGCUAGCCAAACAAAUCGAAUCCGCCGCCCUCAAUCUCCCUGACGCAAAAGGAUCCUCAGGUUCGCCCGUAUACAAGGACAAGAUUCGCUCCUUGUACCAGAAUCUCAAGAAUAAAUCCAACCCUGGAUUGCGGGUGCGCAUUCUGUCAGGAGAAGUCACCGCGCAAAGAUUUGUCACCAUGACUCACGAAGAGAUGAAAUCCCGCCAACAAAGAGAGGAAGACCUCAAGAUUGCCAAGGAGAACAUGAAUAAUGCCAUGGUUGCGCAAGAAGAGAAGUCCGUGAGUACCUCUCUGGAGUGCGGAAAAUGUCAUCAGAAAAAAGUCAGCUACUCUCAGGCGCAGACCCGAAGCGCAGAUGAACCGAUGACGACAUUUUGUGAGUGUCUUAAUUGUGGCAACCGGUGGAAGUUUUCUUGA